AUAGCUUUCAUUUGACAACAAUCUCUGAUAGCUUCAUUUGAUAACCAAUCUUCAACUUUUCAUAUUCUCAGCUCUAUAUAUUUCCAGCCGUUUUCCUUAUCUCAGACAACUACUAUAAUUUUUGUUGCAUUUCAAGAGAGAAGCCCGAAAAUCAUUGAAAGAUGUCGGAUUGGGGCCCGGUAUUCGUGGCGGUGGUGCUGUUCGUGCUGCUUUCACCGGGCCUGCUGAUUCAGAUACCGGGCGGUAACCGUUACGUGGAGUUUGGUAAUUUUAAGACAAGUGGAGUUUCGAUUCUUGUUCAUGCCCUAAUUUACUUUGCUCUUAUGUGUAUUUUCUUGUUAGCUAUUGGAAUUCAUGUAGAGUGUAAUUUUUUUUAUAAAAUGUCGGCAGAUUUGGCACCGAUCCUUAUACCGGUGAUAUUGUUCGUGCUACUGUCACCUGGGUUAUUGUUCCAACUCCCUGGAGGCAGGAGGGGGAUAGAGUUCGUCAACAUGCGGACGAGCGGCCUCUCCAUCUUAGUGCAUACCAUCAUCUUUACCGCUAUACUUUGCAUCUUCUUUCUCGCCAUUGGAGUGCACAUAUAUGUUGGGUAG